AUGCAUGGUCAAAGGGUAGAAGCACAGGCAGUUUGGGGCAUGCGGUUAGUCCGUCGCCUGUUCUGCACGCGGGGCCUGCGAUCGUAGUCAUGCGUGUGGGAUAGAGGUUGUUGUUUCCCCACCCCCACACGCGCGGCGAGAGCAUGACGGCAGCUGAGAGAGAGCAGAAAGAGCUGCUGGCUCUGAUGCACCAGCAGUUGGUCCAAAUGGGUUAUGAGAAAGCAGCCAAGGAGUUGCUGAAGCAGAGCGGCCAGAAGACUUUCCCAUCAUCUCAUAUUUCUCUAAAAGAGAUCAUCGCUCAGUGGAGAAAGACUUUCUUGCAAAAUCGAAAACAAAAUAUGACCAUAGAAACCAAGAGAGGCACUCCAGUAAAGAUCAGAAUUCCUGACCCCAAGAGCAGCUCUGAGAGCUCAGAGGAGGAGGAGCAAGCAGCAGGAACCGUAAAAAAUAAUCUGCCUGCCAAUAACAGCACCAAGUCAACAAAGACAGUAACUAAAGAAGAGAGUAGCAGCGAAGAUUCAGAUUCAUCUUCUGAAGAGGAAGAGGAAGCAGUUGCCAAAACGACUGACAAAAACCCCGUGGCUAGGAACAAAACUGAACUUCUGCAACUGGCUGAUCAAAAUGCUAAUUCUGUCCCAGGAAAGGGGGUGACUGUUGCUGCUGCCCAAGCAAAAGGAGAGCAGAACAAAUCUGCUUCAAAUAAGUCCCUGCCUCCAGCUGCGAGAAAAGCAGGGCCAAAUAAAGUUCUUUUUAGCAAAGCAGGACCUCCUGCGCAGUCACUGAUUUCAGGAGGGCAAAAAACAACACAGACCACAAAGACAGCAGAGAGCUCCGAAAGCAGCAGCAGCAGCAGCAGCAGCUCAUCUGAGAGUGAAGAAGAAACAACUUUGACCACAGUAAAAGCCCCACCUUCCAAACCAGCUUUAAAGAAGGCAGCGAGCACAAGCAAGGACUCAAGUGAUGAUUCUGACUCUGAAGACGGGACAAAAGCACCAACAGUCCAAAUUAAAGCAGCUGUGCAAAAUCCCCCGAUCAGUAGUCCACUGCUGAACAAGUCACCUGUCACUCCUGGAUAUUCUGCAAGAAAUACAGUAAAGGUAACCACACCAAAACAAGCCAGUGCAAAAUCUGGAAAUGCAAACAGAAGCCCAGAAUCAACAGACACUUCAGAAACUACUGACUCAUCGGAUAAUGAGACUAAAGCACCUGCUUCAGUAUCACAGGCCUUCAAAGUACCAGCAAAAAAUGCAGCUGCAAGUCCAUUAAAGAAGACAGUUUCUGCUUCUGUUCCCUCAAAAUCCACCCAGAAGGCUCCCACAACCAGCUUAUCAAAACCACCGCCUCCUUCAAAAGAAGCUCAGAGCUCAGACAGCAGUGACUCAUCAUCCGAGAGUGACAAUGAGACUCUGCCGGUUCCCAUAAGUCAGAAGGCCUUCAAAGCACCGGAGAAAAAUGCAGCAUCAAGUCCAUCAAAGAAGGCAAUUUCUGCUUCUAUUCCAUCAAAAUCCACCCAGAAGGCUCCUGCAACCAGCCUAUCAAAACCACCGGCUCCUUCAAAAGCAGCUCAGAGUUCAGAUAGCAGUGACUCAUCAUCUGAGAGUGACAAUGAGACUCUGCCGGUUCCCAUAAGUCAGAAGGUGCAGAGAUUAGCAAUUCCACACCCUUCUGUGAGGACCAGACAAAAUCAGGCCAAUCAGCCUGGGAUCCUACCCAAAGCUGCACCAGGUACUUUGAAGGAGAAGAAAGCACAGAAUGAAAGCAGCAGCAGCAGCAGCUCCUCUGACAGUGAGGAUGAAACUGACCUUACAACAAGCAAACUGCCAGCUCCACCUGCCCCCAAAGCAACUCGUGCAGUUCAAAGUGUAGGUACGUUGAAGCCCCAGCCUCCAAAGGGAUCCCAUCAGAAGGCCCAGCAGAGCGAAGAUAGUAGUGAAGAUUCAAGUGAUGACUCUGACUCUGAGGAAGAUAGAGUGGUCACUCAGAAACCAGCAGGUAAACCCGCUACCAGUCCUGUGAAAAGCGUGACAGCCAAGAAUGCAGGGCUCACAUCAAGCAAACCUCAGCCAGCAGGGAAAGCGGGGACAACCUCAACAAAAGCAGGAACUGCCCCUGUUCCAAAAAUCUCCGAGAGCUCAGAGAGCAGCAGCUCUGAUUCUUCAGAUGGCAAAGAAGCUGAGAAGCCAGCAAAGCAGCCUCCUAUUCACCCCUUUUUUAAGCAGAUGACUGCUAAAGUGGUCACUCCCUCAGGAAAGGGCGUACAGACCAACUUAAAUACAUCUGGUGCUGCUUCCAACAAAUCCCAGAGUUCUGCCACAAAAGCAACAGGGAAGGAAGAACAAAUUCCCUCCCAAAAGGCUAAACUGAGCCAGGGACAGGCUCCGGCUGUUAAGUCCCCUGGAGUCACCAUACGUAAGGAGAGCUCCUCAGACAGUUCCUCGGACAGCAGUGAGGAAGAAGCAAAACCUUUGACAACAGCCAAGCCUCCGGCACUGCCUGCCACCCAGCAGAAACAAGAGGCAAAAAAAGAGUCAGAGAGCUCAUCUGAGGAGUCCAGUGAUGAAGAACAAGAAGCUUCUCAGUCUCUUUUAACAGGGCUAUCAGGUCCUCACAAGAUCCAGGCAUCCACUGUGGCAGCAAGUCCUCUGCUAUCCAAACAGGGUUCUGGGAAAGUUAGUAGUCUGACUGCCAGUGCUGCUCAAGCAAAGUCUCCUUUGAAGCCAGCUCCUGCUGAUAGCGCAUCAUCGACUGACAGCUCUUCAAGCGAUAGCGAAGAGAUCACCUCGUUGCCGUCUUCUGGAAAGGACACAGCGGCUGCUAAGGGAAAGAGGCCAGGGAAACGAGGACUGGAGAGCACCAGCUCCAAGCCUCUCCCAGCAAAGAAAGCUGCUGCAAAAGCUCAGAGCAAUGGCCAAGCCCAAGAGGCCUCUGCGGCACCGUUGCCAGAAUCACUUGCUCCAUCGUUCAAAGCUCUCCCUGGGAACAAGGAACAAGGAGGGAUCCAAGAAGGUGCCCGGGCUAACCCUGUGGCAAAGGCCAAGACAACCAAAACUGGAAAGAAAGAGAAGCCAUCCAAGAAACGGAAACUGGCCGAUGGGGACACUGGCCCUGGGGUUUCAAAGGGCAAGAAGCUUAAAAUGCAGAGCGAGGAAGAGAUGCCGGUAAAGAAGAAGAAAAAGAAGAAGAAAUCCAAGUCUUCAGACAGCAUCAAGUCAACAAAGAAAAAAGACAGCAAAGAAAAGAAGUCUGAUAAAAAGAAAAAAAAGAGAAAAAAUGUGGAGAGACCUGAUGCAGAUGGGUCACAGAAGAAAAAGAAGAAAAAGAAGAAAACCGACAACCUUCAAAAAGAGGCAUGAACAUUGGCUUUGUAAUUCAACAUGAAGAAUGGUAGUAUAUUCAUCAGAAAGGAAUUAUUCAUUUAUAUUUUUUAAACAACAAAACCAAAUGUCAGAGAUUGAAUUUAACUUAUAACUAUUUUUACUGAUGACUUUUAAAGCUAAGAAACUGCUUCAAGUGACCUGGAUAUGGGCUUGGUAGAAGGAUACAACUUGUACCAUUGAGCAAAGUGAUCUGGAUGUCUGAAGAGAUCUCAGAGGAGGCAUGUGCAGAGACAAAAAGUUUGUUUUGUUUAUUGAAGAAUUUUUAAAUUGCUGUUUCUCCUUCCUUUCUUCCCUUUCCUUGACACUUAAGAGUUAUAUUUUUAAAGUAACACCUCAUCCCUUCCCUCCUGCUAAUUUUUUUAAAUCAACUUUUUAUUUUCAUUUUUAGGAAAGGACAUCCUUUGUCUCUCUUUAUGUCCAACAUGUACAAAAUUGUGUUGUCUCUGGAUUGGCUUUCUGUCUCAUCCUUCCUCUUUUUAUUAAUAAAAGAUAAAAGAUUUUGACUGGAAAAA